AUGUUUCCUCGUGCCUGGAGGGCAAUCACCCUGGUGGCAUCAUGUUUGAUAUCUACCGCUAGCGGUGCUGUCACUUACUCUCCAGUACAGCCUCCAUCAUACCCUCUGGCGGUGCGCAGUCCAUACUUGUCGGCGUGGAUCCCGGGAAGCCUAGUCGAAUCUUUGCCCUCCCAUAAUGCCCAAUUUUGGGCUGGCAACAACCUGGUCUGGUCUGUCAUCGCACGGGUUGACGGCAACACAUACAAUUUGUUUGGUGUGGCCAGUCCCAACGAUGAAACGCAGUCCGCCACGGUGACUGCCGCUACGUACACCUCCACCCAUUCUACAUUCACCGUGACAGCUGGAUCGCGCGAGUUCACCCUCGACUUCUUCUCCCCCGUUUCGCCCAAGAAUUAUGUGCGCCAGUCGCUGCCUUUCUCCUACCUAACUGUAACCGUAACCGCAGGCGACUCUGCUUCCGUGCAAGUCUACACCGACAUUGAUUCCAGCUGGACCGGGCAGACCAGCGACUCGACUUGGAGUUACUCCACCAGCGGCAAGACGGGCGUGUUCCAGAUCGAGGCCACUGGGGCCUCAACUUAUUCGCAGAACAGCAAUGGUCAAGCACUGUGGGGCAGCGCCGUCUACGCCACCCGCCCGUCGGACAGCAGCACACUCUCCACCCAGUCGGGGCCGCGAGUCACCGUCCGAGACCAAUUUGUCAACAAUGGAACCCUCAGCGGGAAUCACGCCGCCUGGUCUUCGGGCGGAGUGGUGGGCUUCGCACAUGAUUUGGGCACCACGGCCAGUGCAUCGGCAGUGACUUUUGCUAUUGGACAUGUCCGCGAGGAGUCGAUUGACUUCCUCGGCGAGGCACAGACAGGCUACUACCGAGCCUCGUACAAAGGUACCACAGCUGCGGUGGUUCACUUUUUAGAUGAUUAUUCCUCAGCAAAGAGCGAAUCGACCGAUUUCGACGAUUUGAUCGAUUCUACCGGCACGUCUAGCUAUGGGUCAAAUUACUCGGAUAUCCUGGCUCUCUCUGUGCGACAGGUGUACGGAGGUAUCGAAAUCACCAUCCCUAAUGAUUCCUUAGACACGGACGAUGUGCGUGCUUUCAUCAAGGAGAUCUCCAGCGAUGGUAACAUCAACACUGUGGAUGUUAUCUACGCCACAUUCCCCAUCUUCUAUACCCUCAGCCCCGACUAUCUGAAGCUCCUGCUUCUUCCGGUCUUUGAGUACCAAGCUAGCGAUGCCUAUACCAAGGAAUAUGCAGUACAUGAGAUUGGCGCAAAUUACCCCAACGCGACGGGUCAUCCGGCCGAUGGCGAGGAAAUGCCUAUCGAAGAGAGCGGCAACAUCAUCAUCCUGACCUACGCAUACGAGAAAGCCUCCGGAAACACCGACUUAUCGGAUACCUACUCUGCACAGCUGAAACAACUUGCGGAUUACUUGUACGAGAAUGGUCUAUACCCAGCUUCGCAGCUCUCGCUGAACGACGCCCUGGGGGAAUUGGCCAACCAGACAAACCUCGCCGUGAAAGCCGCAGUGGGUCUAGCUACCUAUGGCGCACUCACCGAUCAGAAAAACUAUACCACGACAGGCCGGGAAUGGGCUGACAAAAUCUGGACAGAUCAUCUGGGGACAGAUGACGCUGGGACUCGCUUUCUGAUCCAGUACGACACCAGCCCGUGGUUCCUCGUCUUUAAUCACUAUGCGGACGUGCUCUUCGACCUUGAUGUCUUCCCAGAUGAGGCCUACAAUGCAACUACAGACUUUUAUCCCACGGUACGAGAAACUGCCGGGGUGCCUCUAGAUGGUGCUAUAGGCUGGGGCCAAACAAAUUGGCAAUCCUUCGUCGCUGCGACUGUUACUGGCGACACUCGAGACCUAUUCAUCAGUGACCUCCACGCUUAUCUGUCCAAUGGUCUGAACACGGCUCCCUGGUCGGAUCGUUAUUGGGUCGAGGCGAGUAAUGGGUAUUCUGCCGGACAAUCUUAUUCUUUCAGGGCACGUCCCACGCUAGGAAGCCAUUUUGCAUUAGCCGCUUUGUCAAGGGCGAACAUUUGGAGCUCUUGA